ACGCUAGCCGCAGGGAAUUGCGUGGCGGAUGAGCGCGGUGAGGCACCAGGAUGACGCUGCGGAACGGUGAACUUCAAGGACUUUUUGUCCACGCCGGUGUUCUUUCGUGUUUGGUUUCGGGCUUCCGGUUCUCCCUAAGCUCAGUGUUGUGUAGGGUUCAGAAGGCUGCGCUAGGUCCAUCAUGAGCAAGACACAGACGCUGCUGGAGGUGGUGAAGGCCAUGAAGAAUGCUCGCGGUUUUGAUAGAGUUUUGGAAAAGGUGACUCUUGUCUCUGCUGAUCCUGGAAAAGUGAUCUGUGAAAUGAAAGUAGAAGAUGAACACACCAAUAAAAUGGGCACUCUUCAUGGUGGUUUGACAGCCACCUUAGUGGAUAACAUAUCAACACUGGCUCUGCUAUGCACAGAAAGGGCAGCACCUGGAGUUAGUGUCGAUAUGAACAUAACGUACAUGUCACCUGCUAAAAUAGGAGAAGAUAUCCUGAUUACAGCACAUGUUCUGAAGCAAGGAAAAACACUUGCAUUUACCUCUGUGGAUCUGACCCACAAGACAACAGGAAAAUUAGUAGCACAAGGAAGACACACAAAGCACCUGGGAUAGUGACAGACCUAAAGAAGCCCAACAAGGCAUGACCUAAAGAAGCCCAACAAGUGUAAACUUGGCUUCAACAAAUUUAAUUAUCUAAGUAAAUUAACCAGUAUUAGCUAAUAAAUACUUUCUUUGAAAAAAGAGA